AAUAUAGUUAUUCUAGGAAUACAAUUUUAUUUGAUUGGUGUUUGGGAUAUUCUUAUUCUAGUGGGAUUUAUCCUAUUCUACUUUUGAUAGGACUAUCUCUAGAAUGCCUCCACGUGUCCUAAUUAUCAUAGGACUUGUUUUAGGGUAUAACAUUUGCCCCCCAAUGAAGAAGUUUGAGAGUAGUGAAAACUUUCAACGGGUGUCUGUCUUUCUUAUUGCUCUGUUGAUCUUGGUUUUGAAUUCUGCGCAGGGGAAUCCUUCAAAAUCUGCUAUUAUGGCUCCAGUUGCUCGGGAUAUUGUCGAGAUGGGGGUGGAUCCCAUUGUCAGAGGUGAUCUUAGAAAUUUCUCCUAUUACUAUCAAGGCCAUGACAAUUUCUCUUUCUGUUGUUGCCAGUUUUUCCCAUUCUUGCCUUUGUUGGUUCAAAAAGAGGAAUCCCAUGACUUUUCCUUUUCCGGCGGAGGUUCCUAUGAUUUUUUCUCCCAAGCCUGUCUUCUUAACAAAAGAGAGAGUAGUUGGUCCUCCAAUGCCUUCAACAACACUGCAUCCAAGAACAACACCACCUUCAUCGCCUCAAUCCUUCUAUCUCUGGCUCCUUCAAGCCCUCCCCCAAUUCCAACUACCGAGAUCGUGAAAGGAGGCAAGACAGGGAACGCUGCUCGGAAUGUUACAAUUGCCAGCAUGAGGAGGAAGCCAAGGAGCGUGAAUGUGCGUGGCCUAGCUCAAGGGUUUCGAGCUGGAAUUGACCGGAGGGAGCAGAGAAAGCUUGCUGCCAAGAAUAGUAAGGAUUGGGCAGCUUUUAAGGAUGCAGAGGAUUCUGUUAUAGCUAUUCACAUUUGGAGUAGUUUUGUGAAUGCGGAAGUUCUUAAGGUUUAUGAUGUUGGUUCCCAUUGUUUAUUUGUUUUCCGCAACUCAUUGGUAUUUUGGAUUCCCGUUGCUUGCAUGCUAAGGUUGAUCUUAUUUAGAUACGAGGGAAGAGCAAAGCACAUCUUGCAUAGCUUUUGUCAGGGUAUUUAUGUACACCCAAAGCUUGCUCGUCGCCUUUUGCUUGGGUGUUUGUGUACACCCAAACUUACUUAUAGCUUUCAUUUGCCUGUGUAUCUUUUGCUUGGACCUGUGCAUCUUGUAAUUGAAUUCCUCUGCUUGGAGCUUUUUGGCCUAUGUGGCCUUCUCCCAAAAGUUUCUCAAGAGAAAGAAUUUGAUUCAUCAUUUGAUGUGGUUGAAUGUGAUUAUAACAAAGCUUCUUCAAAUAUGGAGGAGAUGAUGGUUGGUCUUUCGAGGAGCUUAAGUCUACGCAGCUUCCCUGAAAGUUGCUGGAAAUUGCUUGCAUAAUAGAGCAUUCAAGGCUCCAUAUACCAUCAUUGCCAUUUUAUAUCCUUGCACGUGCUCCACUGGGUUUUGAGUUCCAUCGUAUUCAGCUAGCUCUGCCUGCCUACUUCUGUUUUUGCCAGAUGUUGUCGCCUGUUGUGGCAAAUGUAGCCCUAUGGACUUGCUGGCUAUCCCUUCUUUAGCUUGAAUGUGUGCAAGGUAUCACAUUUUUGCUUCGAAAAUUAUAUUGAGUGAAAGUUAAGGAUGGUUGCAGACUCGUUUCGAUCAUCAAUUCUGUUGGUUUUGAAGGUACGUAACUUUCAUCUUGAUUGCUGUUUUCCUAUGUUGAAUCUUGCUCUUUCCUUUCUAAUGUCUUGGCAUUGCUUUGUGACAAGCGCUCACGCCUUACUUCUUGCGAUGAGGUGUUAGCAGUUUUUGUCAUGGAUGCUAUGGUUCACUCGAUUGCUUUUAAACUUUGCCUCGUCUCUCCAUGUCUUGUGUAAGUUUCUGUAUUUGUGAUGCCAUGGUUGAAUCUGAUGGUUUUGUUUUAUUAAUAGUAUGUCUUAGGUUUAUUCUUGAUGAUGAAGAGUCACUCAUUCUAUCCUCGCUUCUGGAGCUCAGAAUACUUCUACGAGAUCGUGAUCAAUUUUUUGAAUU